CUGUACGCUGAGGACUAUACCGUGAGCUAUAAUGCAUAACCUUUAUUGUGAAGUGUCGUACCGGAUGUAGGGUCAAACUUCAUCCGUCUGGCAGGAAGUUAGCUGGUUUUCCUUCUGUCUCAGCGUCACAGGUCACUUUGGCGCUGCUGACCAGGUGAAGGUGCGCUGCUGGCUGGAGCGGAACCGCUUAAUGGUUCUCAAAGACGACACGGACAGAGGAGUUCCCCUGAAGAGGGCCGCCUCUUGUCCAAUCAAGUACCUGUCCGCCGAAGAUGCAGCUGCCAUCCCAUUGGACAUUCAGCAACGUGGAGUGGAUGUGGGCGUGGCCGUCAUCCUGCAGACAGCCAAUGAGCGGGUGUUGCUGACACGACGGGCGACGCAACUACGGAUAUUCCCCAACGUAUGGGUUCCGCCUGGUGGCCACGUUGAACCCGAUGAGACGCUGCUGGAGGCGGGCCUCAGGGAAUUGAAGGAGGAAACAGGAUUGUAUCUGGAAGCGGAACAGUUACCGAGUCCAAAGAUUCUUGGUGUUUGGGAGUCAGUGUAUCCCUCCAGGCUGAGCGCAGGACUCCCCCACAGACACCAUCUUGUCAUCUACCUGCUGCUGCGCUCGUCACGCACACACCUGCAGCUUCAGGACUGUCUGCGCCCCUUCCCCACCGAGGUUAGCGCUUGUCUUUGGGCCGACGUCCGGCUGGUCGGCGCUGUUGUGUCGGCGACAGACGGACACGACGGCGAGGUCCACGCGGACCACCUUCCCACCGCCAUCAGGGUGUCGGAGGUGUGCCCUGAGGGAGGACUGCGGGACGCCACGCUACCGCUGAGCGUCUUGGUCAGCCGGAUACCGUCCAGUGGUCCGGAUGUAGAGCGGGUCAGCACCGGGACAAAGUUUGCUCUGGACCUGUGGCUGAAGACCACCAAAGACACAACUUCUGACCCCCACCCUUGUCAAACUGACCAUGUCACUCUGACCAGUACAUGACAUUAAAAAAAAAGAAAAAAAGUAGUUAAAACUAAUUGCACAUAUGGUUUUCGACACAAAAAUUUAUGGAUUUAUUAUUCAACUUCUUCUCCAGAUUUUGGUGCGCUCUACCUUCCACAUUUUCCCCCCCGAUUCAAACCGUUCCAACUUCAAACUUUUCAGCCUAUUCGGGUAUCGCAGGUUUUCCCAGAAUUCCCAAAACUCCCUGAUUUCCCAGAAUUCCAGGUUUGCCUGGAAAAUUUGCCCCAUUGAAAAGGAAUUGGCCAUUUUUCAAACUUCUACCAUUUCUACAUUUUUCAAACCAUUCCACCUUCAACACAUUCCACCAUUCUGUAAAUUCAAGCUACCUUUUUCAAAGUUAAAAAAAUGUCCAGGAUUUUCCAGGAAGUCCCAUUUCCACCAUUUUUUCUGGCGACUACUCCUCCCACAUUUUUCAACCGUUCCACCGUCAAAACAUUCCUCUUAAUCAGGACAAAAACGAAGUUGUUUUUUGAACUGGAAAAAUUCCCAGUUUUCCAAAAUUCCAGGAAUUCCGUAAUUCCAUUUCUCAAUUCAACAUCAUGUUACUACUUCAACAUUUCUCGACCAAUUUGAAACAUUU